AUGGGCCGCCACGCCCGCCUACUUUGGCUGCUGUUCUUCCACAGUGUGAUUCUACCUGAAGCAGGUGGGGGUGGGGACUACUUUUCUCCCAAAGACUGGCUUCCUGUGCAGCUCGUGGAAGGUUCUAACAGGUGUUCUGGCCGAGUGGAGGUGUAUUUUGAAGGUGUGUGGGGCACAGUGUGCGACGAUCUGUGGGACGAGAAGGAAGCACAGGUCGUGUGCCAGCAGCUGGGCUGUGGGGAUGCCGUGUCCACCCUGGGAGAGGCCUACUUUGGCCAGGGCUCCGGCCCCAUUCUUCUGGAUGAUGUGCAGUGUUCUGGGACCGAGGUCUCCCUGGGGCAGUGUUCCCACGCUGGCUGGUUCAUCCACAACUGUGGGCACGAGGAAGACAUUGGUGUCGUCUGCUCCGACUGGCCACAGUUGCAGCUCACGAAUGGGUCAGGAAGAUGCUCCGGGCGAGUAGAAGUUUUCUACCAUGGCCACUGGGGCAGGGUUUGCGAUGACCAGUGGGACCUGCAUGAAGCCGACGUGGUGUGCCGACAGCUGAACUGUGGGCGUGCCCUUGAAGCCCCAGUCCAGGCACAGUUUGGUGAGGGCCCAGGCGAGUUUCUGCUGGAUGAGAUGGGCUGCAAUGGCCAGGAGCCCGUGGCAAGGCCCCAAGGUGAUGGAAAUUCAGCAACCAUAUUAUCAGUUCUGCCUGCUGCCACCUCAACUCAGCAGUCUUCUAAACUUGCCUCAAGUUCCUCUGCAUCAGUUUUACCCGUGGUUGACUCUGCACCUGCUAGUCGAAGAGCGCAUGUGCCCAGGCUCAGCCUCCAAGGUGCUGACGCCUCACCAGACCACACUCCAGCAACAGAUACCGAGUCAUCCAAACCAUCAGGAGGCUGGGUUCCUGUGCGACUGGCAGGCAACCAUGGGAGAUGUGCGGGCCGCGUAGAACUCUUCUACCAGGGAGUCUGGGGGACUGUGUGUGAUGACCUCUGGGACCUCCCAGAAGCAAACAUCAUCUGUAGGCAACUGGGGUGUGGCUGGGCUGUUUCAGCCCUGAGUGAAGCUUACUUUGGGGAAGGUUCUGGGAAGAUUCUCCUUGACAAUGUGCAUUGCAAGGGACAUGAAGAGCACCUGGAGGAAUGCUCCCACAUUGGCUGGUUCUCCCACAACUGUGAUCACAGUGAAGACGCCAGUGUCAUCUGUUCAGAUGCCCCGUUUGCUGCCAUAGAAGAAGAAACAGUGGUUCCAGGAAGAUUUCCUUGUGGUGGUAUUAUUACCAAUGCUCCUGGAAAAAUUAAGAACCCCCCAAUGAAUGAAAUGCAUGACAACAUAACCUGUAUAUGGGAAAUCAGGGCAAAUGCCUCUGACCGUGUAAGACUGGCAUUCCCGUCUCUUGACCUUGACUGCACCAAUGAGUAUUUUGAAAUCCUGGAUGGCCCUCCAUCUUCCACGGAGUCCCUGGGGAAACCCUGCGGUGGGCUGCACAUCACCUUUGCAUCCCACUCCAGCUCAAUGACCCUUGUGUACUUCCGAGGCAUGAACAACAUUGGGAAAAACUUCAUGGCUUAUUAUUAUUUUGAAGCCAAAGAGGUGACAUCGAAGACUCCAUAUUUGAUCACCAUCCCCACAGCAACUUCCAAGACGGUAACAGAAAGACCAAAAUUCUCAAAUCCUGCACAGCCUACGAAUACUUCCAGUGGGAGUCUCUCACGACUUCCCAUGCCUGACCCAGGGGACUGGCCAGAGCUGCGGCUGGUGGGUGGCUCCAAUCGGUGUUCAGGGCGUGUGGAGAUCCUCUACCAGGGAGUCUGGGGCACUGUGUGUGAUGAUCUGUGGGACCUGAAUGAAGCUGAGGUCGUAUGCAGACAGCUGGGGUGUGGCCAGGGUAUGUCUGCCCUUGGCAAGGCCUACUUUGGCCCUGGCUCAGGAGAUAUCUUUCUAGACAACUUCCAGUGUGCUGGGGUGGAACACUUCCUGGGCCAGUGUGCCCAUUCGGGCUGGAAAGACCACAACUGUGGCCACCAUGAGGAUGCUGGUGUCAUCUGCUCAGAUGCUGAAAAACCUCUGUUGUAUGUUCCAGGAGACUGGCCAGAGCUUCGCCUGGUGGGUGGUUCCAGCCGGUGCUCAGGAAGAGUGGAGGUCCUUCACCAGGGAGUCUGGGGCACUGUGUGUGAUGACUUGUGGGGUUCAAAUGAAGCUGAGGUUGUAUGCCGCCAGCUAGGGUGUGGUCAGGCUAUUUCUAGUCUCAGUGAGGCCUACUUUGGCCCAGGCUCAGGAGACAUCUUCCUGGACAACCUUCAGUGUUCUGGGAUGGAGCACUACCUCGGCCAAUGUCCGCAUUCAGGAUGGUCGGAACACAACUGUGGUCACCAUGAGGAUGCUGGUGUCAUCUGCUCAGAUUCAGAUGGCCCCCCUCCACCCAUGCCACCAGGUCCUCCUCCAGUUUCUCAGGAUCCAAUAACAGGAGGAAGUAACUCUUGUGGAGGGGUCAUUUCCAGUCUCUCUGGUUCAUUUUCCAGUCCACGGUACCCAGAAAACUAUCCAACAGACAUCCAAUGUGUUUGGGAGAUCCAUGUAGAGAAAAAUUUCCGCAUAGAGCUUAUGAUCCCAAAUUUGAACCUGGAAGAUAUCCUUGGAUGUCCCUAUGACUCAAUUGAGAUCUUCGAUGGCCCCAGAAUUGCAUCACUCUCCAUGGGGAAGUUCUGUGCCCCAUCAGCUGUGGUAUUUUUCUCCUCCUCAGACAUCUUGACAGUGGUGUUCCGAAGUGAUUAUAUGACAACAAACACUGGGUUUUAUGCUUUUUUCAAUGCAAUUUCACAAGAUGGAAGUGAGUCAGAAGACAGACUAGUGCUGCGUCUGGCAGGCAGCUCUGGACAGUGCUCGGGACGCGUUGAGGUCCUCCACCAGGGGGCCUGGGGCACCGUGUGUGAUGACUUGUGGGACAUGAAUGAAGCUGAGGUUGUGUGCAGACAACUGGGGUGUGGCCAUGCCAUUGCUGCUCCUGGAAGUGCCUACUUUGGCCCAGGCUCUGGAAACAUCCUCCUGGACAACAUUCAGUGUUCAGGAAAGGAGGACCACUUUGGCCAGUGCCCCAGCUCUGCCUGGUUAGACCACAACUGUGGCCACCACGAGGAUGCUGGAGUUAUCUGCUCAGAUGCAGAGGUGACUCCUUCACCCACAGAAGGAAGUAAUUCUUGUGGAGGAGUAAUUUCAAGUCUCUCGGGCUCCUUCUCCAGUCCCUGGUAUCCUACAAACUACCCAACUGACAUGGAGUGUGUCUGGGAGAUACAUGUGGCUGAGAAGUUCAACAUAGAGCUGACGAUCCCAAGCCUGAAGCUAGAAGACAUCUAUGGGUGCCCUUAUGACUUUGUCGAAGUGUUCGAUGGAAAGCAAGUUGCCUCACUGUCCAUGGGCAAAGUCUGUGCUGGGGCAGAACUCACAUUCCUCUCCUCUUCAAAUUCCAUGACAGUGGUGUUCAAAAGUGAUGCCAUGAUCACCAACACAGGGUUCUAUGCUCUGUACAACACUGUUCACCAAGAUGAAAAGCAGAAUGGUAUGGCCUUGAGACUGGUGAAUGGCAGCCACAGGUGUGAGGGUCGAGUAGAGAUCUCUUACAAUGGUACCUGGGGCACAGUGUGUGAUGACAGCUGGGACCUGACAGAUGCCAGGGUGGUAUGCCAGCAGCUUGGCUGUGGUAAGGCCUUGUCAGCCCCAGCUGAGAGCUACUUUGAGAGAGGUGUGGGCCAUAUCAUACUGGACGAUGUGCAGUGCAUGGGGAAUGAAGCCAAGGUGUGGCAAUGCACACACCAUGGAUGGUUCUCCCACAACUGUGGGCACCAUGAAGAUGCCAGCGUGGUCUGCUCAGGUGCUGAUGAAACACCAAGCCGAGGACCAGCAGAUGAAAAUUUCCAAUGUGGUGGUUUGCUCACAAAUAGUUCAGGCUCCUUCUCCAGUCCUUGGUAUCCUAAAAAAUAUCCCACCAAUGUGGUCUGUGCCUGGGACAUACGAGUGGAUACUAGUGCUCACAUCAGACUCACCUUUGAAGUGGUCAAGAUGGAGAACUUCUUUGGCUGCCCUUACGACUUCAUUGAGAUCUUUGAUGGCCCACAGAGUGAAUCAUUUUCACUGGGGAGAUUCUGCUCAGAAACAAUCCCAGUAUUUACCUCUUCUUCAAGCCACAUGAGUGUGGUGUUCCACAGUGAUGACAUUGUCACCAACAUUGGAUUCUAUGCAUCUUAUGAGUCUCUGUUGCAAGAUGAGAAAGACAGAGAUGUGGCACUCAGACUGGCCAAUGGCAGCCACCCAUGUGAAGGCCGUGUGGAACUCUACUACAACAGCAGCUGGGGCACAGUGUGUGAUGACAGCUGGGACCUGAGAGAUGCCCAGGUGGUGUGCCGGCAGCUGGGCUGUGGUGGAGCUGUGGCAGCCGUUGGCCGAGCACAUUUUGAGCGAGGCCUAGGCCCCAUUGUCCUGGAUGAUGUGGAGUGUAUGGGAACAGAAGCCAGACUGUGGCAGUGUCUGCACAGUGGCUGGUUUGCCCACAACUGUGGCCACCAUGAGGAUGCUGGUGUCACCUGCUCAGCCUCUCUGUCUCAUCCAGCACCGUCAUUUCCCAUGAGUGAUCCAAUUUCAGCAUCAUUGGUAAAGCAGCCAGAGGUGUCUGCAUCAACAGGUCUGGAUCUGCGGCUCGUGAAUGGGACAAGCAGGUGUGAGGGCCGAGUUGAGGUGUACUAUGCUGACACCUGGGGUACCGUGUGUGAUGACAGCUGGUCCAUAGAGGAUGCCCACGUGGUCUGCAGACAGGUUGGCUGUGGUCCAGCUGUAUCUGCCCUGCCAGGCACCAGUUUUAGCCCUGGGUCAGGCAGCAUCCUCCUUGAUGAUGUCAACUGCACAGGAAAGGAGUCUUCCCUGGCACAGUGCCCUCACAGCGACUGGCUCACUCACAACUGUGGGCACCAGGAAGAUGCUGGUGUCAUCUGCGCAGAUUCUGCAGCUGCUGGACAUCCAGCUACUUCAGCUCCUGAGGGACAUCCACAUGGUUUCCAUCCAAUAGAUCUGCAGCUGGUGAGACUGGUCAAUGGGAAAAGCCAGUGUGAGGGCCGAGUAGAAGUCUACUUCAAUGGGACCUGGGGAUCUGUGUGUGAUGAUCUUUGGAGCAUACAGGCCGCCCAAGUGGUAUGUCAACAACUGGGCUGUGGGGUGGCCCUGGCGGCCCCCAGGAGCAGUCUGUUUGGCGAUGGCUCUGGCCCCAUCUUCCUAGACGAUGUGAAAUGCUUGGGCACAGAGACCAACCUAGGGCACUGCCGCCACCUCGGCCUGUCUGUGCACAACUGUGAUCACCACGAGGAUGCAGGAGCCAUCUGUUCAGCUGUUAGCGUUGCCUCAGCUUCGGCAGAAGUGGCUCCCUCAGUUGGCCAGCUCAUGAUCAGGUUGGUGGAUGGAAAGAACCGGUGUGAAGGGAGAGUGGAAGUCUACCACAAUGGCACAUGGGGCACUGUUUGCGAUGACCUUUGGGGAAUCGAGGAUGCCGAUGUGGUAUGCCUGCAGCUGGACUGUGGGGAGGGUGUCAGCGCCCUUGGGAAUAGCCACUUUGGAGAGGGCGUGGGGAGCAUCUUCUUGGACGACGUGCAGUGCCAGGGCAGUGAGACCUCGCUAGGCCAGUGCCACCACCAAGGCUUGUCUGUCCACAACUGUGGCCACCAUGAAGACGCCAGUGUCAUCUGCUCAGCAUCAGCCAGAGAAAUGACAACGUCACCCGGUAAUAUUUCUUUCUUUCUCCUGGUCUCUAAGGCGAUUCCUACCUCAAGCCCAGCUGCAGCUUUUGUCUUUGCAACUGACAUUGCUCCCACUCCGGUAGAAGUAAAUCCUUCACCUGAUAAUGGCCUCUGCCCACCACAGUGCACAGACAUGUCUUUAAUCUCGGCAGAAGAGGAGGCCUCCUCUGACACAUCUUCAACCUCAACAGAAUCAAGCCCUCCAAAUGAUGCAUCUUUGGUCUCAGCAGAAGAGGAGACAACCUCUGAUGCAUCUUCAGCCUCAGAAGGAGAGGAAACAUCCUCAGAUGUAUCUUCAUUAGCAGGAGUGACCUCCUCUGGCAUUUCUUCAACCUCUGCAGAAACAAGUUCUUCAAAUGAUGCCUCUUCAGCCUCAGCAGAAAAUGCCUCCUCUGAUACGUCUUCAGCAGAAGUGAAGAGUGGAGAGGCAACUGGUAAGGAAUCUUGUUCUCUGGAUUUAUACACAGAUUCAUCUCCAGCCUCAGCAGAAGAUACCUCCUCUGAUGCUUCUUCAGCCUCAGCUGAAUCCAGCUCUCCUUCUGAUGUUUCUUCAACCUCCAAAGAAUCAAGCUCUCCAAAUGAUGCAUCUUCAGCCUCAACACAAGAGACUUCUUCAGAUGCCUCUUCAGUCUCCACAGAAGAUACCUCCUCUGGUACUUCUUCAGUCUCAGUGGAAUCAAGCUCUCCUAAUGAUAUGUCUUCAACCUCAGCGGAAGGGAAGAGUGGAGAGCUAAGUGAUGCAUCUUCAACCUCUGCAGAACAGACAUCCUCUGAUAUGUCUUCAACCUCAGCAGAAUCGAGUUCUAAAACUGAUACAUCUUCAUCCUCGGCAGAAGAGACGAGCUCCUCUGAUACUUCUUCAACCUCAGCAGAAGUGAGCUCUCCAGAUGAUACUUCUUCAACCUUAGCAGAACCUACCUCUCCAAGUGCCACAGUUCCAACUUUGACAAAAGUGACCCUGCCACCUGACUUGCCUCUGCGCCUGGUAGGUGGGCGAAACCGCUGUGAGGGCCGGCUGGAGGUGCGGCACCAGGGGGUGUGGGGAACCGUAUGUGACGAUCGCUGGAACAUCAAGAAUGCCCGAGUUGUGUGCCGCCUCCUGGGCUGUGGCCAAGCGCUGGGCGCCCCUGGCAGAAGCCACUUUGGGGCAGGCACAGGCCCCAUCCUGAUGAAUGAAGUGCGCUGUUCCGGCCGAGAGGACUCUCUAGAGAGCUGUGUCCACGCUGGCUGGAUAAGGCACAACUGCCACCACUACGAGGAUGCGAGUGUGGUCUGCGCAGGUCCAGCCAACUCUCUUGUGCCCAAGGAUAACGCUCAGCUGUCUUGUUUGCCUCACCUCUUCCAAGCCGUCAUUGACCGAGGCUAUCUCCGGAGAUUAGGCUACUCCUCCUGGGACAUCCACUUAAAUGAUAAGAUGUGUCGCCCUCAAGUCACUGGGCGUUACCUCAUCUUCAAUAUUCCUUAUGGCCACUGUGGCACCAUGAGGCAGGAGCAUCAAGGCUCUCUCAGCUACUCUAACUCCAUCAGAGGCAGAACGCAAGGCCACCCUGGCCGAGUCGUUGUGAGGCACAAGGUGCCCCAGGUGAAGUUCACCUGCACAGUGGAUGGCCAGUCUGCAGUUGAAAUUGUGCAUGGGAGUGGCACACAGAAGGAUGAUGUCAGCUAUGACGUGUCGAUUUCAUUCCUCCAGUCACCUGUAUCUCAGGAUAUGGGGGUUGGAGCUCCUGCUUAUACCCAUCAGAGGGAAGAGGUCUUCCUCCAGGCCACCCUCCACAGCCACGAUCCCAAUCUCAGGCUCAUUGUGGAUACCUGUGUGGCUUCUCCUGACUCCAGUGAUUUCACAACUGUCAAGUAUGAUUUGAUCCAGGAAGGGUGCAUCAGAGACAAAUCCUACUCCAACCUCCAUGCCCCUGGGAAGAACGUGGCCCAGUUCAAGUUCAACGCCUUCAGCUUCCUCAAAAGCUACGAUGUGGUCUACGUGCAGUGUAAGGUUGCCGUUUGCCGAAUCGGGGACCACUCUCCCCGAUGCUCACAAGGCUGUACAAAGCGGGGAAGGAGAGGUACAGGCUCUGCAGAGGUCAGAGGAGAACAAACUGAGUAUUUCCGAACAGUGGGGCCGCUGAAGAUCCACAGAGCGGAUGACCAGAGCAAGGCCCUGGCGUGAUCACUGUUACUCUCAUAUGAGUGUGUCAGAAAACUGGAUGCAAGGUCUCUUUCCACCAGGAAGCAAUGUUUAGUUACUCCGAAGCCAGACAUUGACCACACCAUCUACACUACCCAUUCAGAUGGGUGGAAGAACCCAAGACAUUGCUUCUCUGGGGCUUGUUACUAAAUAAUCUCUGAGCACUAACUUCUAACGCAGUUGCCCUGUUUGUAGGCAAGAAAAAGAAAAAAAAAAAAAAGACUGCUGAUUUUGUUAUUCUUCGCUCUCAAGAACUUGAUCACUGUCUUAAAAUGUACAAAAUAUUAGAAAAAGCAGGGUCGUCUCUCUUUAUACCAUGGGCAAUUAGAGAUUGUUUAUAAAUGUCUACUUACUAUUUGGGUGCUGAUAGGUGGGUGGGCCUCUUUCUGUUCUUCUGGAAUUGUGAGAAUUCAUUUCUAGA